AUGUACCUCCCGAUCCAAAAUCCCUACUCAAGCAGUCCAACUCAAAUGCGACUUCCUUCACACUCGGUUUAUAUUGACGAGCACGCUAAGCACUUCUCGGCAAGAUUUUCAACUGCAUCAGCACCUCAACCUCACCACACGCCUCCAAACGAUUGUCCAAGAUCCUUACCAAGUCGUCCCCUCGUCAAUAGCUCCGCUAGCACCACUGCAAACGAUAGACGUCACCCUGUUUUGUCUGUAUCCCAUGGCUCAAACAGCCCACCGAGCUCGGUGAGUUUUGCAUCUCUAUUCUUCCUGGACUGCUCUUUAAUUGAUACUUGCACCGACUUCCCUGUAGAGCCUAUUGUUGCAGUCGUAAUUGUUUGUGGCUGUCUGGAUGUCUUGCGCGGUGACGACAGAAUAUCCACAAACUAG